CUAUGGUGACGUUGCUGGCUUCAGAGUCCUUGAAUUUGCGGAGUUGGUGGGCUCCUUAUCACAUUGACCCUUAUUGGAACAGUCCAAGUACGGAAUCGUCACCACUGGACGCGCCGCACAUCACUCAUCGCGACAAUAUUUACGGCCCAAGUAUACCAAUAUCUCCAGAUGCAACCGGAGACGAUUCUACAAGAGACGCAUUAUGCAUGAUAUCUGUAAGGAUGUGGAUCCCGACCAAGACCUUUGGGGGACCAAGAAACCUCGCGAUGCUACUAUACAAAUCAUUCUCUCUUUGGCUCUAGGGUUCACGGCAUUCCUUUCCUUCUGCGUCAUGCGACCGAGGUGGAAAACUUUAUACGCGGCGCGAAAGAAACAAAACGACCAAGCAACGUCCCUCCCAGAACUCCCGGAUUCUCUCUUCGGAUGGAUACCCGCGCUGUGGAGGAUCACAGAGGAGGAAGUUCUUGCUUCUGCAGGUCUAGAUGCAUACGUUUUCCUGGCUUUCUUUAAGAUGGCCAUCAAGUUCCUAGUAAUCACACUCUUCUUCGCCGUUGCAGUCAUUAAACCGGUGCACGACGUCAAUCCGGAUGAGGACCAUCCACCUAAGAAGAAUGAGACUGGUAACAACAACUCGAUCGAACACACCGGGCUACAUCGACGUGGUGAAGGAUAUUUCCACACUCUUGACAGCUACACAGGAGAAUACACCAGCGACUACUUGUGGAUGUAUUUGGUCUUCGCAUAUGGGUUCACGGUUUUGGCAAUGUGGCUGAUCGUUGCUGAGACCCGAAAGAUAAUCGAUAUACGUCAGAAAUACCUAGGCAGCCAAACGACGAUCACCGAUCGUACAAUCCGCUUGUCUGGCAUACCCCCUGAGUAUAGAAGCGAAGCAAAGAUCAAGGAGUUCAUCGAGAACCUAGAAAUUGGACAGGUAGAAAGCGUUACGCUAUGCAAGAACUGGAAAGAGCUUGACAAGACAAUGAUUGAACGGAUGAGCACGUUGCGACGACUUGAGGAGGCUUGGACAGUCUACUUGGGUCAUCGCAGAAUUGAGCGUAACCUCGAAACGUUACCCAUAUCACAACCUCCUCCGCCCGGUCCAAGCAUCGAAGUUCAGGAAGAUGGAGAGCACAGUCAUCUCUUGCACGACUCGGUACCACGAAAUUCCCGUGCCGUGCCUUAUGGACGUACGCGUCCACUGGCAAAGAUAUGGUACGGGCGACCCUUGAAAUUGCGCUACCGGAACGUGGACGCUAUCGAUUACUACGAGCAGACCUUACAUAGGCUUGACGAGGAGAUUCGAGACUUGCGGAAGAAGGAAUUUGAGGCGACCCCUCUGGCCUUUGUCACCAUGGAUAGCGUUGCCAGUUGCCAAAUGGCUGUGCAAGCCGUGCUGGAUCCCGCACCACUGCGAUUCACAGCAAAUACUAGUCCGGCGCCUUCUGAUGUGGUCUGGCAAAAUACGUAUCUACCACGCUCUAAGCGCAUGACUAGAGCAUGGUCUAUCACUGGCAUCAUUGGCCUUCUGACUGUAUUCUGGAUAGGUAUCCUUGUGCCGAUCGCUGGAUCCCUAAAUACCUGUUCCAUCAAAGCAGUUUGGCCUCAGCUGGCUAAAAUAUUGACCGAGCAUGAGUAUCUGUCCUCGAUCGUCAAUACACAGCUGCCAACCCUAUUCCUGUCGCUUCUCAACGUGCUGGUACCAUAUCUAUAUGACUGGCUCUCAAACAUGCAAGGCAUGAUCUCUCAGGGCGAUGUCGAACUAUCUCUCAUCUCUAAGAAUUUCUUCUUCCUUUUCUUCAAUUUCUUCAUCGUCUUCACCCUUCUAGGUACGGCGUCUGGUUUGAUUGACUUCCUUCAGCGCUUCGGAGACCAGCUCAGGAAGGGCACAGAGAUAGCUCGACUGAUUGCGGACUCUCUGAGAAAGCUCUUGAAUUUCUACACCAAUUUUAUAAUAUUACAAGGGCUUGGACUGUUUCCAUUUCGGAUACUCGAGUUUGGCGCCGUUGCUACCUAUCCCAUCAGUCUUAUGGGCGCGAAAACUCCUCGAGACUACGCUGAACUAGUUCAGCCUCCCGUUUUCAGCUAUGGCUUCUACCUCCCGCAAACCAUUCUCAUAUUCAUCAUAUGUGUAGUUUACAGCGUGCUGCGGUCAUCCUGGAUGGUUCUAUUAGCUGGGCUUGUAUAUUUCACCAUCGGUCAUUUUGUCCACAAGUACCAGCUACUAUACGCAAUGGAUCAUCGUCAGCACUCUACAGGCCGAGGGUGGAUCUUAAUCUGCGACAGAGCCAUGGUAGGAGUACUUGUGUUCCAAAUCACCAUGGCUGGACAACUUGCUUUGCGCCAGGCAUGGAAGCGCUCUGUGUGUAUCGUUCCUCUAAUCUUUGCAACGCUCUGGUUCAUGUACCUCUACAACCGCACAUAUCAACCAUUGAUGCGCUUCAUAGCACUGAAGAGUCUCAAAGAUUCGAUCACACCCUCUGUCGGGCGUGACACUCGAGAAUCUGAGCACCUUCCUGGCCUUGAAACGGUGCUUACAGGCGGGAGCCAAACCGUCGAUGAAGCACGCGAGAAGGGACUCAAAUUUAUCAAUCCCAGUCUCAUCAUGCCGCUUGACGAUGUAUGGAUUGCGGACAAAACAGCAAGGGUUUUUGGAGAUUUUUCAGGCAUCUCUAACGGCGUCGAUAACUGAACUGCAUCAUGAUACCCGAAUUUUUUUAUCUAUCUUCUUUCUGCAUAGCGAGGCUCUACCUUUCCUAAUUUGCUACGAGGGUCCAUAACAGGGUGCGCUUUCCCUCUUACGUAUAGAAAAGAGCAACACACACCGGAUCUAAAGCGCAUGCUCUAUGUAAUAUCUCUCUACUUAUAAUCCGGGCUCAUCUUGUUUCCCUAAGCGAGCAUCAUUCCGUACGCAACCUGUCUAUAAUUGCAUCCUAUAUUUAUAUACAUUCCCUGUCAACCACCGAAGACAAACUG